AUGGAGGCGCUGCUUUUCUCUGUGCUGGCGCUGCCAUCUGGCCACAUCCCAUCCCUGCACCUGCCGUGCUCUGGCCGCCGUCUCUCAGGAGCACGAACACGGCGGAGAGGACCACGAACAGGAGCCCCAGGCCCUGGUGCCAGCGAUCCCUCCCUAGGAAGUUACUUGCUUGUGCUACUACUCUGCUUCCUUCAAGCGGCGGAGCUUUAUCUCUCCAGUCUACACCUUCCUACCUUACGCAUGGAGGCGCUGCUUUUCCCUGGGCCGGUGCUGCCAUCCGGCCACAUCCCGUCCCUGCACCUGCCGUGGUCUGGCCGCCGUUUCUCAGGAGCACGAACAUGGCGGAGAGGACCACGAACAGGAGGCCCAGGCCCUGGUGCCAGCGAUCCCUCCCCAGGAAGUUACUUGCUUGUGCUACUACUCUGCUUCCUUCAAGCGGCAGAGAUUGCACUCGAUUGCGUGGAAGGGAGACGCGACGGGGGAACGGUAGCAGGCAACGCCGUGACGGAGCUUUUUCUUUUUUCCGGUUCAGACACGGAGGUAGCUGUUGUGUCUUCUCUUGGUGAUGAUAGGCACCAUAAAUAA